AUGACAAUCCGCAAUCCUCUUCCACUCUCUGAGGAGUGGAAGGAUCCCGACGAAUAUGUCCAGGCCCUCCUCUCCUUUGCAACUGAAUCGGUCAUGUUCAUGAAUGUCUGCGGUGGCGUGCAUAUCCUCGAUUUCUUGACGCGCGAUCCCGAUCUUUACGCCUCAUUACUGCCAGAAGACUGGCGAUCAUUCUUUGACAAUCACGAUAUUCACAGCAUCUUGGAACUGCUCCUACGAGAGGACAUUAGCCCGCUGUGCGAACCCGAAACAAACGCAGCCUCCGAGAAUGGCAGGACUUGGAACGGAGGUGCAUUUCCGCCUGCGAGCCUCCUGGAGUAUAUUCGGAACAUUCGACGACUGAGCUUCCGCCGCGAGUUCACCACACCGGAGAAGAGCGAACCUCUCCCGAGACAUAUUGCUGUCGGCAUGAACAAGAAGAAGAAGCACGAGGUAGAACAAUUCUCUCGUUAUGUCGCGUCUUUGUCGGAGACGGUCAACGAGAGUCGUGGGGAGCCAUUAUCUCACAUUGUCGAUUUUGGAUCGGGACAAAACUACCUGGGGCGCAUGCUGGCAAGCUCGCCAUAUCAUAAACAUAUCAUUGCCAUUGAGCGAAAGCACCAAUACAUAAGCGGUGCUAACCGUAUGGAUGUCCAUGCUCGACUGGCCGCGGAAGAAAAGAAAAAGACAAUCCAUAAUGCAAAGCUAAACAAACUGAAAAGGCAAUGCAUCGACUGUACCGACACCCCAGAACUAACCCCAGACCUGGCCACUUCGAAAAAGCCUGAAGUUCCUGACUCGGAGGUGGGAGCACCACUGGAGCUGAACGACGCAGUGUCAGAGGAGCCUGCUGGGCAGGAUGAAGAUACCACGACCUCUCACAUGCUAGGCGAGAUGACCCUAGAAGCCGAUGAUGUGCUCGGCUCAACGUCCAAAAAACCACACCAGCCACACACACCAAAGCCACGACCGGAGGUCGAUACCCGAGGCACAGUCAGCUACAUCGAACAUAAUAUCCAAGAUGGCUACCUGGAACCGAUCAUCGAGCACGUCGUCGACCCAAAGACGUCAGUUGAAACCCGGACCAGCACAGAAGAAGUCAUUAAACCCGAAGAAAAGAAAAUGAGUGACGCCCGGGUGAUGGUCGUCUCUCUGCAUUCAUGCGGAAACCUCGUUCACCACGGAGUCAGAUCACUAGUGCUCAACCCUUCCGUUGUAGCAAUCGCCAUGAUCGGUUGCUGCUACAACCUUUUGACAGAACGAUUGGGCCCAGCAACAUACAAAAUCCCCAUCCUUCGAUCCGCCCACCCGCGCCUCAAACGAACCGGAUCUUCAUGGGACCCGCACGGAUUCCCAAUGUCCAAGCUCUAUGAAAACUACCAGGCAAAGACUACAACAGGCUUCAAGCUCAACAUCACAGCCCGCUCAAUGGCAGUCCAAGCGCCCCACAACUGGGGCCGCGCCGACAGCGAAGGUUUUUUCACGCGCCACUUCUACCGCGCUUUGCUGCAGCGUGUUCUUCUAGAUCGUGGCAUUAUUCCUAAGCCGGACGUCCCCGAUGACCUCUACAAAGACCACGCAGAUGAUCCCGACUCCGGGGGUAUCGCACUGAUCGUGGGAUCUCUGCGCAAGACCGCAUUCGAGUCUUUCCCUGCGUAUGUGCGUGCCGCAACGGUCAAAUUGAGCCGCGAUCCGACCCGCGGCGAGUUGAUCAAAGAGCGCAUCUGUACCAUGUCUGAAGAGGAGUUGCAGCGCUAUGAAGCAGAUUACUUGCACACGCGCAAGAAUCUCAGUAUUGUGUGGAGUCUGAUGGCGUUCAGUUCUCAGGUUGUUGAGGCUGCUAUUGUGGUUGAUCGCUGGCAGUUCUUGCGCGAACAUGACUCCGUCAAGGAGUGUUGGGUUGAGCCGGUCUUUGAGUAUGGCCAGAGUCCGCGCAACCUGGCUGUUAUUGGAAUCAAGAAAUGA